CCUGUUUCCAGCAGGAUGCCUUAUUUCGCAAAACUGCUUUUAUUAAUCUUCUGCUUAGUUCUUCUCGUGGAAAGCAGAAAGCACAGGAGGAGGAGGUGGACAAGCCAGCUGGAGGUGCAGAGGGCAAGUCACAUCUACAAGAGGAACCGUGACAUGACCAAAACCUGGAAAGGAAAGACAGAGCAGCUUCUCAGAGUCGACGACCACGACUUCACCAUGCGGCCGGCUUUUGGAGGCCCUGCAAUUCCUGUAGGGGUGGAUGUGCAAGUUGAAAGCUUGGACAGUAUUUCUGAGGUUGACAUGGAUUUCACUAUGACUCUGUACUUAAGGCACUACUGGAAGGAUGAACGUCUCUCAUUUCCCAGCACCACCAACAAGAGCAUGACCUUCGAUGGCAGGCUGGUGAAAAAGAUCUGGGUCCCUGAUGUCUUCUUUGUGCAUUCCAAAAGGUCCUUCACUCACGAUACCACCACGGACAACAUCAUGCUGCGUGUGUUCCCUGAUGGUCACGUCCUCUACAGCAUGAGGAUCACAGUGACAGCAAUGUGCAACAUGGACUUCAGCCGCUUCCCUUUGGAUUCUCAGACGUGUUCUCUGGAGCUGGAAAGCUAUGCUUACACUGAUGAAGAUCUGAUGCUGUAUUGGAAAAAUGGGAAUGAAUCUCUGAAAACCGAUGAAAAGAUUUCUUUGUCUCAGUUUUUGAUACAAAAAUUCCACACUACAUCAAGACUGGCUUUCUAUAGUAGCACAGGUUGGUACAAUCGCCUCUACAUAAACUUCACUUUACGCCGACACAUCUUCUUCUUCUUGCUCCAAACCUACUUCCCUGCCACCCUCAUGGUCAUGUUGUCCUGGGUGUCCUUCUGGAUCGACCGACGAGCAGUUCCUGCCAGAGUCUCUUUGGGGAUAACCACUGUGCUGACCAUGUCCACAAUCAUCACUGGGGUGAAUGCCUCCAUGCCUCGUGUUUCCUACAUCAAAGCAGUGGACGUUUACCUGUGGGUCAGUUUUGUGUUUGUCUUCCUCUCGGUGCUGGAAUACGCGGCUGUGAAUUAUCUGACUACGGUGCAGGAACGGAAGGAGAGGAAACUGCGGGAAAGGUUUCCAUGUACGUGUGGAAUACCUCAUUCAAAAACUAUGAUGCUGGAUGGAAACUACAGUGAAUCUGAUGCCAACAGCCUGGCAGGAUAUACAAGAAACCAGAUGGUCCCAGAGGAAGAAAAACAAGAAAAGAUGGUUGUGCACUUAGCUAUGAGCAAUGAAUCUAAUUCAUCAAGGAAGAGAGGCCUGAAGGGCCAUGUGGGCUUGCUUAUCAUCCAGAACACUCAUGCAAUUGAUAAAUACUCAAGAUUAAUAUUUCCAGGCACCUAUAUAUUUUUCAAUUUGAUAUAUUGGUCUGUCUUUAGCUAAGCAUGCUGGCACUGCAGUGACUGAUGCAGAAGACAUUUACAGAACUCUCUUUUGUUCAUUCUUUUUCAGCCUAAUCUGGAUGCGAAGCCAGAAGACUGACUACUUUAUUGCUUCUUCGGAGGGUAAAGGGGAGGACACAUCCUCCAGCAGGCAACUCCAUGCACAGGCAUCACGGAGGAACCUGCUGUGUUGGUUGCUUUCCAAUCCACACCCCAGCUCCUGUUUGCUUUAUGAGACGUGUCAUUUCUCAUACUUGAAAAUAUGUGCUCACCAUUCACCCCAAAGGUGCUCUAUGUUCUUUUGGGGCCGGCCACACUGGUGCUGCCUGCUGUGCGAUGGACAACCAGAGACAGUGUUCACAUGGGCUGUCACAGGUUAGACAAAUGCAACUUGCAAGAGAAGGUCUGGACAGUGCAUGUCCUAUAAGGGAACUAAAUGAGGCCUUUCCUUUUCAAAUCUCUGCUUUUUUAUGUUUCUUUGGCAUUGUUUUUUAAAGAUGACCUCCUUUUAGGGACCAGACUCUGCUUUCUCCAGAUAGGAUCUCAAUCGAUACCAUUUGGGCAGUCUACUGGCCAGGAUCAGCUGGGUUGGUUACACAGUGCAGGUCAUAUGUUUCAUUUGGUGGUCAUGAUUUUUCUGGAUUAGAACUAAGGAGUGAGGAUGAUGCAAAGAAGGCUGCAGACUCACAGAAGAUGGUUCCUAGGGUACAUGGGAAAUGAAAACAGGGAGGUUUACACAGGCGUCCUCUAUAUAACUUGAGCACAGCACGUGAUAUGUAGCAUCCACCCUCUAAAAUGAGAUGGGAAGCUGAUGUGUAGCAUGUACAGUCAGCACAAGGUGAAUGGGCAGUAUCUCUGGGACCACCAUUUUCUCUCUCCAGUAGCUGAAAACAGUUUUGAGGGCAGCACUGGUGGCUUUCAAGAGUUUUGCUCAUCCCUGUGAGGAAAGUGCAGCCCACAAAGAAACUGUAUAUCCCAUAGUGUCUCUCCCAAUCAAUACACUUUCCUUCUGUUCAUUUUGGAUCAAGAGAGGGAGAUGUCUGCCAGAAUCUCUCUCUGCAGAAACACAGGCACGUCAGAGAUUAAAUGGCCAAGAAUAAUACUGUGAGGUCCAAGGUCAGCGUAAGUCCUUUGAAGCUGCUGGAGAGCAUUGUAACAAUCUUCUGUGCUUGGCAUUCCGUUUUUCAUCCUGUCAUAUCCUCCUUUCCUUUGCUGACAACACUGACAGCAAAACCCAAAUGUAGAAACAUGAUAGCAACAAGACAACGAUGUCCAGGUCUGUGUGCUCCUUGUUUUUAGAAAACACCAUGACAUUUUGGCUGUGAUAGAGAUUAUGUUAACCAAAACAUUUGGUUAUCAGGCUGAAACUCAGAAGAGUGGGCAGAGCCUGAAGCAUGAAGACCCAGGACUGAGAUUAGAAGCUGACACAACGAUAAGAUUAAGUUGUACAUUUGACUGGAAUUGGGCCAUGUAGAUUCAUAUAAUUCACAUGAAUAAAGGAAAAGCAAACGAAAAUAGUAAUAAAACCGUAACUAUUGGCAUGUGGAACUUUCUGCUUACCAUAGCAGUAAUUCUUAUGUCCUGUAUCUCAAUGGAUGUAGAAGAUGGUAGAGGGUGUCAACGCCAGGCUGUCAGCAAUACCCAGGUUUUCCCUUGUACCUCAAAUAUUGCUGCCUAAGUCGGACGGUUGCACUGAUGGUUGCACUGAUUUACUGGAAAAAAAAGUGAUGAGAGAAUCUAAAAUUAGCAACUGUGUUGCCCUUUAAUCAGCCAUGAUAAUAACUGACAUGAAUGAAGGUCUGUCUGGUCAUAAAAGUGAGAAAAUACAACCCUGAAUACGCUGGCAAGAAGAGGAGCCAUAGAAGAACAGUGUCUGAAAGGAAGCAUUGCCCUGUAUCCCAGCCUGCCACUUCCAUCCUUUUGAGCCGCCAACUAGGUCAGUCCAUUUACCACACAUCACUCUUCUUGGACCUGAAACCCAGAUACUUCUCACAUCAAGAGGUGAAGAUCACUAUACCAAAGACACAAAAAAGCAUUAAAGAAAUAGACCACUUCCCUUUAGAGAGGUUAAAGCCUGGACAUACCAGUGUGUGUUCUUCAGCAUUAGCAGUGUAAAACAAACUAACGCUGCAGCAGGACAUGGCAGGGAAAGGACCUUUGCUGGGGGAAGGCAGCAGAACUGCACCAUGAAGUCGCUGAUGUGGGGAAUGAGAAACUGGGUUCCUGUGCCCCCAGUUUUGCCAGUCUUUCUGCAUUACCCAUGGCACGUGCCAUUUAACCUUUCAGUGCCUCAUCUCCUCCACCUGGAAAGUGGGGAGCAAUAACAUUUACCUACCUCAUGAGGUGCAAGGGGCUUAACUUGCUUAACUAGCAUGUGUGUGUGGCACGGUUAUGAUUUCUGAGCAGAACGGCCAGUGGGAAUUCAAAGGUUUUUGUCUAAGUUACCAAUGAGUUCUUCAAUGUGUGCUCUGAAUCAGCCCAGCUGGAAGAAAGUGUGUAUCUCCUCCACAUUAUAAUGAUAUUAAACCAGAGACAAAUGUAGCCAAAAAGUGAGCACUGUCAAUGAAUAAUGCCUCCUGGCAUAAAAAAAGGAGAUAUCCUAGCGUUUACUUUGCAGUUUGUUUUUAUUCCAUUUCCUGUUCCCUUAGAAGUUAUGUGGUGACAAAGACAGUCCUUUACAUCCUAUCGUCUUUUUAAUAGCUUUCAGCUGCCUGUUGUUUAAAUGUUACCUAAUGAACAUCUUUUGAAGAGGCUACCUGUCACUUUAUAUGCAUCUGUGCAUAGCUGAUAGAGAUUGAUGUCUGUUUCUAUCAGACACAAUUAUACAGCCUAUAAAACCAUCAAGGAGGGUAUUUUUCCAUUAAAGGGAAAAGAAUGUUCUCUCUCUUAGGCACU